AUGAGUGAUUCCGUAGAAAUUGUCGAAUAUUUAUUAUCAUGUGGCUCAAAUCCGAACAAACGCGAUGAUAGCGGGCGUACACCUAUACACAUAGCAUGCCGUGCAGGUAAUGCUCCUAUUGUAAAGUGUCUGCUUGAUCAUGGUGCGAGUCCAGAUAUUAAAACUGUUUCGCAAGAUACAUGUCUUCAUUUUGCAGCUCAGACUGGGCAUGCAGAAGUUGCAAGAUUAUUUGUUAACAACAAAAACUUACUCUCUGCUCGAAAUUCGACUUUACAAUCUCCAUUACACAUUUCUGCGCAAUCAGGCUCAUUAGAUUUCUUCAAAGUUCUUGUUGAAUCAGGUGCAGACAUCGAAUGCGAGGACCAAAAUAAAUGGCAUCCACUACAUUCAGCAGUUUACUAUAAUUCUUACUUAAUUACUCGAUACCUGAUCGAAUCAGGUGCAGAUAUCAAUGUACAGACCAUAUCCGGUGCAACGCCAUUACAUUUCGCAAUACAAUUCUCUAAUAUCUCCAUGGUCCAAUUAUUAUUGAACAAUGGAGCCUCAGCUGUCAUCCAGGACAAAGACGGACACUCUGCUCUUCACGUUGCCGUCAAAAGGAACGACCCUAACAUCGUAAAACUUCUUAUUGGCUACGGUGCGAAAACAAGUUCUGUUGACAACAAACAGAAAACUCCAUUACACAUGGCCUGUGCGAAAGGAAGUUUAGAUGUCAUCCAAUCUCUUGUUGAACAAGGCGCCAAGUUCGAUGCGCAAGAUUCAAUGGGUAGAACACCAGUUCAUUACGCAGCAGACGCGAAUCGUGUCGAUGUCUUGAAUUUCUUGUCAGAGAAAGGCGUGAACAUGGAUAUUACUGACAACUACGGAAAGACACCAUUGGCAAUCGCGCAGGAAGAACACAGUAAUGAUGCAGUGAAGACACUUACAAGAACUCCAAGUAUGAAGUCUGCAUCUCCUAGAACAAUGAAACUUAGUCCUCACACUAAACAGUAUCGGAAUAGUUAUAGACUAUGA